GGUUGGCGUGGCCCCGGACACGCCUUCAGCGAGCGGAACAAAACCGGGAGCAGGAGGGGCCACCCAGACCGCGCUUCUGAGAGGUUUCCCGCCCGCGCACCCCCAGAACCCGCUGCCAGGAUGCCGAACUGGGGAGGAGGCAAGAAAUGUGGGGUGUGCCAGAAGACGGUUUACUUUGCUGAGGAGGUUCAGUGCGAAGGCAACAGCUUCCAUAAAUCCUGCUUCCUGUGCAUGGUCUGCAAGAAGAAUCUGGACAGCACCACCGUGGCCGUGCAUGGCGAGGAGAUCUACUGCAAGUCCUGCUAUGGCAAGAAGUACGGCCCGAAGGGCUACGGCUACGGGCAGGGCGCGGGCACGCUGAGCACGGACAAGGGCGAGUCUCUGGGCAUCAAGCACGAGGAGGCUCCUGGCCACAGGCCUACCACCAACCCCAAUGCAUCCAAGUUUGCCCAGAAGAUUGGCAGCUCUGAGCGCUGCCCCCGCUGCAGCCAGGCUGUCUAUGCUGCUGAGAAGGUGAUUGGCGCUGGGAAGUCCUGGCAUAAAUCCUGCUUCCGCUGUGCCAAAUGUGGCAAAGGCCUUGAGUCAACUACCCUGGCUGACAAGGAUGGCGAGAUUUACUGCAAAGGAUGCUAUGCUAAAAACUUCGGGCCUAAGGGCUUUGGUUUUGGGCAAGGAGCUGGGGCUUUGGUCCACUCGGAGUGAGGCCCAUGCUGCCCACCACACCCUGGCCACUCCUUUGCUUCUCAUCGCCCUUCCCUCCCAGCAGCCUCGGCCACCUCCAGGCUCUGCCUCCCGCUCCCAGAUCCACCACACUUCACUAAUAACUUGAACUUGGCUGUUUGGCUCCCUUUGGUUUGGGGUCUGCCUGUGGGCCACUCCUCUAAGGGGCAUGGCCUGCCUGGACUGUGGCGAUGUCACCAGUAGGAGACCUCAGUGUUUUAGUCUGUGUGGGCCGAGGACUCUCUCCCCACACCCCAGCCCACACCCCUCUUUUCAUCGCCUUUUAGACUAAGUGCCCAUCAACUGUCCAAGACACCGGAGCCCACAUCCCAGAGCCCUGGGAACAGCAGGGGACCCAAGGAGGGAGACAUGGAAAGCUGUGGUUUACUGGACCCCGAGAUGCCUCUGUGGGAAAGAGGGGGGCUGCUGCUUGCUGCUCAGCACAGGCUGGGGAGUCAUCAAAUGGGUGGGAGCAGAGUGGCAGGCAGGGUGUGGAGACAGGAGGCACCUGCUUCUCUAGGCCCCUUGCCUUUGACUUUAAGGAUGUCCUCCCCCUCAGGCUUGGGGGAGAAGAAAUUGGUCUGAGGACCCAAAGUCAGGACGUCAUCUCACCUUUCCCGGCAUCUAGCUCCCUGUUUGUUGGGGACCCUAAUGAAACACCUCCACACACACUCCCACUUACCGGUGGCACAAAUCUGAGGGUAGAUCACACUGCCCCUCACCCUGGGUCCCCAGGCUCCUCCCUGUCCCAGCACAGCCCAGGCCAGAGCUCUCUAGGCCCUCUCUGUGGAGGAGCCACACAAGCCUCAGGCCUAUCCUGACACCCUCCUUCCUGCAUUGGUCCUCAGGAGCUUCCUGAGGCCCCUUCCGCUCCCCACUUCUCCAGGGACCCUGCUCUGGCCACCUCCCCCACCCCACCCCCACCCCCGCCUUCCAGGCCCCAGGGCAGGAACAGCAGGAGAAAGGGGUGGGGCCAGUCCAGGCCACUGCCAGGCCACUGAGGGAUGACACUAUGGGGCCAUGGCUGGAAGGGGCCACGCGGGCUGUAUUCAGGCUCACUCCUCAUCUGGCCAAUAAAGCUGUUACAACAGAACUCUGGUGUCCCAUCCUGCUUCCU